CUGGGGUAGUGGCUACUGGAACUAUGGAGAGUGGCUACCCUCUGUACCAGGCACAGUGUUUUGACUUCCUUGGCCUUCAAGUCCAAAUGGACAUCACAGAUAAGGACAGAGGUUACACACAGCUAAGGAAUCACUGGGUUCAUUGCAGGUCAGACCAAAACCAGAAAGUGAAGCCCCAAGCCUGUCCUGUCUGCUGCCUUGCCCCAAGACACCUCCACCCCUGCCCAUCCCUGGGUGAAUGCUGGAAAGGGGCUUGCUAAAGAAGCCCAGUGGGGUCGGGUCCCAGUGUGCCAGGCUAGAGGUCAAGAGGCUGCCCAGAAGGAGCCCAGAUACCACCUGCAUUUCGCUGUCUGCUAAGCCCUAUGUGCUCACCUCCCUGGUGGCUUCCAGUCCUUUUCUGGGACCCAGACUUUGCCCCCAGGGAUUGCUCCCCCACCUAACUCAGUCAGAAUUCUGCUGGCCUGCACCUUCUUAUGUCACCCUCACAGCAGCCUGGUGAGAUAGGUCACCCUGUCCUACUGGCAACAGGAACAUGAAGGGGCAAGGGUAGUCUGGGAUGAGAUGUGUGGUUGCUGGUUAGAGAGAUUGCAGCAAAGACCUGGAGGGACCCCUCACCCAGAUAAGCAGGUAGCCUUUGCUGAUUCCUGGUCAAGAAGGGUAGGGCCACCUUUCAGAGCCCCAAGCUCACCUCCUCUGCAAGCUGGUUCCUUAACAAAGAAGACCCCAGCAUUAGCAUUACUGGAACUUGCCCAAAGUUCCCUCACCAGCUGGGGGCCAAUGAAGGGACUUCUUAGAGCCUCAGCCUCCCUACUCCCAGGCCAAAGUCUGAGAUAGCCAGAAGGAGGUUCUAGGGAGUCCUACCCAGGGUACCUGUGUGUGUACCAGCAAUCUGCACAGCCCGCAUUACACACACACACACACACACACAGAUACAGAAUCAUUUCAGGAACCUCUUCGCACACACGCACAGAUACAGAAUCAUUUCAGGAACCUCUUCAGCUGAGUACCUGGUGUCCUUGUAGUAGGAGCCAUCUUUCAACUGGGAGGGGAAUGAAGGACACAGGAAACCAAAUGAGUCAAGGGUGCUUAGCAAUCCCUGUGGCCAUAAGACUGGUGUCCUGCAGCAGAGUCUGGACCUUCCAGGGCAGGGAGGCUGGUGGUGGUGGGUACAGAGACAAGCAGAACAUAGGCCCUCUUCUUGUAGGACCCCUCUGGCCCUGCAGAUACACAGAUCAGAAGCCAUUGGGGCUGGGGACUUGGCUCAGUGUUUGCUCCACCUGCCUCACAAGCACAAAGGCCCAAGUUCUAUCCCUGGUACCAAAAAAAAAGAAACAAUGGCCAUGGAGUGUUGUGGGCGUGGCACAGCUCCUCUGGAACUGUGUAGUAACCUGAAAGGGGCAGUGAAGUACAGCACGGCCCAUUGUCCAGUCUUGGAGGAGGUGAGGGACCACAGGCAGUGUGAAAGAUGAUGAGGUAGGAAGGAGACCAAGCCAAAGUUCACCAAGAUAAUGUCCAACACAGUGAGCAGAGCACCUGCCUAAGGCUGCCCAGUCUUUGUUUGCAUAAGACCUGAGGGAGGAUGGGCUCUCAAAGCUGGGUCCUCAGGAGGUCUUCCUGGGGGCAGCUCUUAUAUGAGCUGGAGAGGAAAAUGAAAAAUGCUCCUGGCCAAGGACUCCAGAAGAGCAGGAGCAAGUAGAGUUGUACAGCUAUUCUGGAGCAAGAGGAGCUGCCAGGCAGGGUCCUCCUAUUCCAGUCCUGAGGUGCACUUCCGGCCAUCAGACCUGGACCUCCAGGAUGUAAAGGAAGUGGAGAUCGGCCAGGACACAUGGCCCGACUCUGAGUUGGAGCCAGAGCAGGUUCCAUCAUCUCACCACCUCCACAGUCCGGAAGACAGGGUAGACCAGGAUGGACAAGUGUUGAGGGGCUUCCUGGGGAGCCGCCCCCACAGGCCCAAGUGUGACAGCAGCUUUGGGCAGGAUCUCAGCUUGCAGUCCCCGAGGGCCCUGCCCUGCCCUCAGGAGAGGGGCUCCUGCCGCGUGGUGCUCUUGCCACAGGGAGCCCCAGGGACCGAGGGUGCCCCUGGCCAGGCUGCAGAGCUGGGGGACAGUUUGGGGUGUGGUCCCCGGCAGGCCAGCCCACGGUGUGCCAAGCCACAUCACUGCGAGGCCUGCGGCAAGAGCUUCAAGUAUAACUCGCUGCUGCUGAAGCACCAGCGCAUUCACACAGGUGAGAAGCCCUACGCCUGCCACGAGUGCGGCAAGCGUUUCCGCGGCUGGUCUGGCUUCAUCCAGCACCAUCGAAUCCACACGGGCGAGAAGCCCUACGAAUGUGGCCAGUGCGGCCGUGCCUUCAGCCACAGCUCGCACUUCACACAGCACCUGCGCAUCCACAACGGUGAGAAACCCUACAAGUGUGGCGAGUGCGGCCAGGCUUUCAGCCAGAGCUCCAACCUGGUGCGCCACCAGCGGCUGCACACGGGCGAGAAGCCAUACGCCUGCAGCCAGUGCGGCAAAGCCUUCAUCUGGAGCUCUGUGCUCAUUGAGCACCAGCGCAUCCACACUGGUGAGAAGCCCUAUGAGUGCGCCGACUGCGGCAAGGCCUUCCGCGGCCGCUCGCACUUCUUCCGCCACCUGCGGACCCACACAGGAGAAAAGCCCUUCGCCUGCGGAGCCUGCGGCAAGGCCUUUGGCCAGAGUUCACAACUUAUCCAGCACCAGCGAGUGCACUACCGCGAGUAGCCAUGGCCCCAAUAAAGUCUCUGGGUGGAAAAGGAGCCGGCUCCUGCUGAGCAUUGUGGCUGCUUCCCAUCCCUGCAGGCCACUGCAGGAUGGUUUUUCAUUCUCCUAGAGUGACAGGCAGCUGGAGAAUCACCAG